GAAACACUUUCAACUAAUCGAUUUCUGCCAUCCCUGCUGGUUCUUAGAUCAUGACUGACGCAUUAUCCAAACGCAACCGUUUCAAAGUGAACCGAGUCGACUCAGGAGGCGGAAAUUCCGAAGAAGAUGGCGACGAAACGGAAAAGGGCAAUAGCUCGGAGGCGAUUGAAAUGGGCGAACGUCCUGGUUCGGCCGCUUCUAAUGACGGGGAACGGGCGUCCUCUCCGACCGCUCUUUUGUCGGAAGGUACUUACAUGACGAUGAACGAAAGUGGUCAACGGACAAACGCCGCUACCAAGAGCUUGCGCUACCAACUGACCCGUGAAGCGUUGCCUCGGCUCGACAACUACCGCAAUAUCCUUUCAAUUCAAGCCGGGCAUAGACCGACCCUGGACGAACUUCACAAUGCAACUAUUCACGAAAAGCCUCAAGGAGAGAAAGCAACCGAGGUUGUCCCAGACACUUUCGUCAAAUUUGGUUGGAUCAAAGGAGUCUUGGUGCGAUGUCUACUCAACAUUUGGGGCGUAAUGCUUUUCCUUCGCCUUUCUUGGGUCGUAGGACAAGCCGGAAUAGGUGAAGGUGUCAUUAUUAUCGCGCUAGCAUGCAUCGUCACUACCAUAACUGGCCUAUCAAUGAGUGCCAUCAGCACCAACGGCAACAUCAAAGGCGGCGGUACUUACUACAUGAUAUCUCGCUCGCUUGGCCCGGACUUUGGCGCUUCCAUCGGCGUCAUUUUCGCCGUGGCAAAUGCAGUAGCGGUAGCCAUGUACACCAUCGGCUUUUGUGAGUCGCUUAACGAUUUGCUAAAGACCUUUGAUCUCAAAAUCAUCGACAACGGUGUCAACGACGUCCGUAUUAUUGGCACAAUCACCAUCAUCUUAUUGACCGGAAUCGUCGUCAUCGGUCUCGAAUGGGAAACUAAGGCACAAAUUGUUCUGUUGGCCAUCUUGAUUAUCGCUCAAAUAGCGUUCGUCAUCGGUAGUAUUAUGGGCCCAAUGGACGACGAGGAAAAGGCUAAAGGAUUUGUUGGUUACAGCAGUGAGUUAUUUGUGGAAAAUUUUUCACCCGACUACCAAUACAGCGAAGGCAAAGAACAUAGUUUCUUUACUGUCUUCUCCGUCUUCUUUCCGGCCGCGACAGGCAUCUUAGCUGGAGCCAACAUUUCUGGCGAUCUUAAAGAUCCUCAACACGCUAUUCCUAAAGGAACAAUGUUGGCCAUCGCUAUUACAAGUGUGACUUACGUCGGUUUCGCCAUUAUUUGCGGCGCGACGGUUAUGAGACAGGCCACCGGCAACAUUGAAGACCUCUACAACGGCACGCUUACCAACUGUACCGAGGGUUGCGAAUGGGGACUCCAAAACAGUUUCCAGGUUAUUGAACUGGUUUCGGCUUUCGGUCCUUUGAUUUACGCCGGUUGUUUUGCGGCUACCCUCAGCUCUGCUCUGGCCAGUCUCGUCUCUGCACCCAAAGUGUUCCAGGCUUUGUGUAAGGAUAAGCUCUAUCCUUAUUUGGGUCCUUUUGGUCGUGGAUACGGCAAAAACAACGAGCCAGUUAAUGGCUACAUCUUGACAUUUAUAAUCGCUUUGGGCUGCAUCAUUAUCGCCGAGCUGAAUGCAAUUGCUCCUCUCAUCUCCAAUUUCUUUUUGGCUGCUUACGGAUUGGUCAAUUAUUCAACUUUCCACGCCGAAAUGGUGAAGCCUGUUGGAUGGAGGCCUACAUUUAGAUAUUACAACGGAUGGCUGAGUUUAAUUGGAGCCAUUCUUUGCGUGGCCGUCAUGUUUUUGAUGAAUUGGCCCACCGCACUCGUCACGUUUGGCUGCUUGUUUGCUUUGUAUAUUGUUGUCAUCUAUCGCAAACCCGAUGUGAAUUGGGGAUCGUCGACGCAAGCCCAAACUUAUAAAGCAGCUCUAAACAGCAUCCAAGAACUGGUGCACAUUGAAGAGCACGUGAAAAACUAUCGACCCCAAAUCCUUGUCCUUUCCGGAUUGCCAAGCGCUCGGCCGCCUCUAGUCGAUUUUGGCUAUUCAAUUUGCAAGCAUUUGUCCAUGAUGGUUUGCGGACAUAUUGUCAAAACUCCCCUGAAUCAACGCACCCGUACAUCUUACACGCAACGAAUGUACCACUGGUUGCGCGAUCACAAAAUCAAAGCCUUUUACAGUCUGGCAGACAACACAGGUUUCAAAGAGGGAGCUCAGGCAUUGAUGCAACUUAGCGGUCUAGGCAAAAUGAAACCCAAUAUGGUAUUGAUGGGUUACAAACGUGACUGGAACACCUGCCCUGAAGAAGAGCUGAACGCCUAUUUCGGAGUGAUUCAUGCUGCCUUUGACAUUUACUUGUCUUUGGCUAUUCUCCGGGCGCCCGAAGGAUUAGACUUCUCUGGUCUGAUUGCUGAAUCUUACAUCUCUCCUGUACCAAUAGCUGUUUCUGCACCAGCAGACCGCUCUGCUGUACCGUCCGGCUCGCUCGACGUCCCCGGUGUAGUAGCUGCCACCCUGAAACCAUCAGCCAGUACCGCUUCCGGAUGGAGUGAAAAGAAAGCCAAUUCCCAGGAAUCUCUUCAUUCACAGGGAAGCAGCUCCGAGCAAACCCCUCCCGGCACUCCCGCAAUGAAGCGAGCCAACGAUUUGCAAGCUGAUUCCUUGGCUGGCUCCACUGCCGUCGUCAAUCAUGGUGGAUCAGGGAUGAAGAAGAACAAGAAGAAGGGUUCUCGUGAAAACCUUUUUACAGAUCCAGCUGGCAAUCCACUGCCAAAGGAACUUCUCAACAAUGUUACCUUGUUCCAGCGCAAACAAAAGAAAGGCAUUAUCGAUGUCUGGUGGCUAUACGAUGAUGGAGGCUUGACGUUGCUGUUGCCCUACAUUCUAACAACCCGCCCCAAUUGGAGUUCGUGCAAACUGAGAGUCUUCUGCUUGGCCAACCGCAAAGAAGAAUUGGAUAGUGAACAAAGGAGAAUGGCCGCUAUGUUGUCUAAAUUCCGUAUCGAUUUUUCGGAUGUGAUCGUUAUCACCGACAUAACGAAGAAGCCGUCCGAAUCGACGCGCAAUUAUUUCGACGGUCUUAUCAAAAAUUUCGUCAAAAACGAAGACGGGCAGGAUGCCAGAAUUACGGAAUCUGAAAUGAUUGCCCUUCGCGAUAAAACCAACCGCCAUAUGCGGCUCCGUGAACAGCUGCUUCUUCACUCCAAGACUUCCAAUCUGAUUGUCAUGACACUGCCAAUGCCUCGAAAGGGAACGGUGAGCGCUCCGCUUUACAUGGCCUGGCUGGAGUUAUUGACGGCCAACAUGCCUCCUUUCCUGCUGGUACGUGGUAACCAGACAUCCGUCCUCACUUUCUACUCGUAAAAAGAAACGACGAGGGAAAUUACUACCGGCAUAGCCGCCGCCCUGAUCUAGAGGGACGAGGGGAAAAGCUAGAGGAUGAGUUCUUCGGUGCAGUGUGUGGUGCGAGUCUGAGCAAACAUCACUGUACCGUCGGAUAACAUCAACAAAAUAUUCUUAGUUGACUACAUUUUCUGUAGUGCUCCUUCAUACCUCCCGGACUCUCCGUAUACUUAGAACUCAGUAGGGUAACGUUUCUUUUUUUAUUGUUUCUUUCAUGGUGGUGCGUUUCGUAUAGACCUAUCAAUUUUUUUCAUUUAUUUUUUUUUUUCAAUACCAGUCUGAAUUGUCACAUUUUUUUUUAAAGCUUGAUUUAUUCUGGUUAUCAACAAAACAUUUUCAACCAGAUGUUCCUUAUCAUACAUUUGUUUGGUUUUUUUUUUUUAUGGUGAAGAAGGGAGGAUAUUGGACUGUUUUUAUUUUAUUCUGUUGCGAGAAAAGUAAUUAACGCGUGCCUUAAUAACGUUAGUGUCCAAGCUUUCGAACUCGAUUUAGAUUCAGUAAUAAACAAACUACAUUCCAAAACCUUUGUUACAAGAAAUAUUUUUAGUUUGUGGAGCAGGUACAAAGGGAAAACGGCCUUCUGUUGGCGCUAACAAAUUUAUAAUCUUGACAUGUUGUGAACAGAAAACUUAAAAAAAAAUUUCGUUGCUGAUUAUGAAACUCGUGUGACGUGAAAGUUUUUGUUCCCAAAGCACUCUCUGUGUCACUAGUGUUCGUGUUUAGGUCAUCGUUGGCUGGUUUUGCACCCUCGCCAACUAUAAAUAACUUUCUUUGGUUGAGGGGGAAGAUUGGGUGCCCAGAAGCUUUGGCGCUGAAGCCUUUAUUAAUCAACCCACUCUGUUGCCCAACUCACUAAUUAACUACACAAAUCGAAUUAGCAAUAUCGACGUUACCGCUGACAGACAAUCCAUCAAAAACUAGAGCCUAAUGCCAGACCAGGUCACCUUUUGGUAAUAAAGACUAGACAUAAGAGUUCUUAGUCAAAAGUAAACACUUAAUCUAUUUGACAUACUUUAUCACACAUUAAAUGUCUAAGCAAGUUUAAGCCUUCAAACAAGCUGCAAUCCAGCAAUAAAAAUUUCUUUGUUUUGUUUUCUAAUCAGUGGCCAAUAAAAUGUUGUCAACUCGGCGCCGACGCCACCAAAUUUAUUUUUGAAACGAGGAAACUUGUCGUGUUAGAAAAAUAAGCUUGGGUUGGCAUUGGUCCGUGACUCUAAUACUUGGAAGGUGUUUUAACAAUGUACCUCUUUCGAGUUUCGACGCCGGCUUACAGCAGUUUCAUCUAGUAAAACAUCUCUGCAUCGGUUUGAGGCAGUAAAUCAGGAAUUCAAUUAAUGUGGACGUCCGUGGCUCAACUUGAGUUGUAAUAAUGCGAGCAGUGAAUCCAGCAAAGUAUCUGUAAACUCUAAACUGUAAUUCGAAUCCGACUAUCUGUCAACUUCGUCACAAUCGUCAAUCGUCAUCAACAACUGUCAAACAGUUUUCCCGUUUUAGUGCAGCCACUCGUGUUAGUCUAUUUGCCUUUUCGAGGUUUUAGCCCCAAGGCACAAGGUGACGCACGGAAUUUCUGUGGUUUUGGACUUGGACUAGGGCGCAUUCGACGAAAGAAUUAUUGGAAAAAUUUACACAACAGGGACUCUUUCGGAAAG